GCUAUCAUCAGUCUAGUUCAAGUUGUACGAGUGCAAGCAACACGAAUUCGAAGACAGCCAUGGUCCGUGCCGUAGUUUUUUUCUUCUUGCUCAUUGUGGCAGUUGCCACUAUCAGUGCUGCGCCUAAUUGCGGUCAAAACGAAUAUUUCAAUAGCUGUGGUUCAUCAUGUCAACCCACCUGUCAAAAUCCAACACCAGAAAUCUGUGUCCUGGCAUGUGUUGCUGGAUGCGAAUGCAUGGACGGAUAUGUAAGAAAUGCAGAAGACAAGUGUAUACCUAUGCACUUUUGUUAAUCAUUCAGAAAAUAUGAUUUUCCGACGAGUAUGUUUCGCAUCACAUAAAAUGAUAUAUAAAUUUAAUAAGCAUUAAAAACUUUUUCACAAAUUAGAUUGUUAUACAAAUCUGUAAUUAUACUCAUUAAUCUGAACAAUUGUAGUGUAUUAAAUAAGUGUACUGAAUUGUUUAAUUUUGUAAAGCUAAAUUGAGUUUCAUGUUUUUAAUAAAAAAAUUGAAAACAUAAAAAA